AUGUCGCUCUCCAACGAAGAAGCCAAGAAUAUUCUUGCUCCGAUUUUUGCCGAAUACGCAGCUGCUGUUGAAGGAAACGACGUGAAGAAGGUCGAGAAUUUCUACGAUGUCAAUGCUGUUCUUGUCGAGACCAACAAGAGUUGCACAUUCGGAAACAAAAAUAUUACUGAACAUUUGACGAAGAUCAAUGAAAUUCUUGGAAAAAAUUCGGCGACGUUAAGCAAUACUCAUUACGAAGGAACCCCAAAAAUGAUUCUGAUCGAAAGCGAUUUUGAAUUGACUUCUGAAAAGGCUGGCGUCCAAACUGGUCAUUUUCUUCAAAUUUGGCGCGAUUCUGGAGACGGAUUCAAGGUCUAUCAUGACGAGUUCAGCAUGAAUUAA